UUGCAGUGUUGUCAACCGUACGCUCCCGCAUGUUCCAUAUAAUAGUGCUGAGUGGUUGACCAGUGUUGAUUAAUGUAUUUGUAAGUGGCUGAAGUAUUGAGGUACUGUAAUCUUUGUACUUUACAUGUUUCUCUUGGGUGGAGCCAUAUAUUUUAGUGAUAGUGUGGCCAUUAGUGUGAAAGUGAACGGAACACUCGGGUACAAAGCUGUUUGUGCUAAUAUUCCUUUGACCAUAACCUCAGUCUCAGACGGAGAAUACUCGUACAUCCACUUAAAUCGGCCGAGUGUUAAUUCACUGUUAUCUUGUGUACAUGUGUUACUAACCACAGAAAAAUGCGAAACGUGCUACCUGUUGGCAAACAGCUGUUACGAUUAUCUCAACAACCUUAUAAGAAAGGAGCCGUGUGUGCAGCUUCUGCAAUGAGUGGAAAUAAAUUUCGUCUUCCUGACAGAUACAAUGCACAACCCAGCGUGUGGGUUGAAUAUAUUCAGUUGGCGUUGGAACAUAAACCUUUAAAUUUAGGGCAAGGUUUCCCAGAUUAUCCACCUCCUGAUUAUGUGACAAAUGGUUUGGCAGAAGUUACCACAGGGGAGAAUGUACUUCUGAAUCAGUACACCCGAGGUUUUGGUCAUCCACGUUUAGUUAAUGCCCUUAGUAAGUUAUACUCUCAGUUGAUAGGAAGGGAAAUAAAUCCUCAGUCAGAAAUAAUGGUGACUACAGGAGCUUACGAAGCUUUGUUCAGUACUAUCCUGGGUCACACAAAUCCUGGGGAAGAAGUUAUUAUCAUUGAACCAUUUUUUGAUUGCUACGAAGCAAUGGUUCAAGCUGCAGGAGGAGUUGCUCGUUUUAUUCCUCUAAAACCGAAAAAGACAACUGGUACCAUUAUGUCCAGUGAUUGGGUAUUGGAUCCAGCAGAAUUAGAAUCAUUAUUUAAUGAAAAAACUAAAGCAAUUAUAUUAAAUACACCUCACAAUCCACUUGGUAAAGUUUUCAAUCAGCAGGAAUUAGAAAUGAUUGCAAACUUGUGCAAAAAAUGGAAUGUUUUAUGCAUUGCUGAUGAAGUGUACGAAUGGCUUGUUUACAAGCCUUACAAACAUAUUAGAAUUGCUACUCUUCCGGGCAUGUGGGAAAGAACAAUCACCAUUGGUUCAGCAGGUAAAACAUUCAGUGUGACUGGGUGGAAGAUUGGUUGGGCUUAUGGACCAGCACAACUGAUGAAAAACCUCCAGGCUGUGCAUCAAAACUGUGUAUACACCUGUAGCACUCCUUUGCAGGAAGCUGUGGCUCGUGGCUUUGAGUUGGAGUUAAAGAGAUUGGGUCAACCAGACUGCUACUUUGUUAGCUUACCCCAGGAACUGGAAGCAAAACGGGACUAUAUGGCAAAGUUUUUGUCUGAUGUGGGUAUGGUGCCUACCAUACCUGAAGGUGGUUAUUUCAUGAUUGCAGACUGGUCUGCUCUAGAGAAAAAAGUAAAUUUAUCUGAGGAAAAUGAUCGAUGGAAAGAUUACCGUUUUACAAAAUGGAUGUCAAAGAAUGUCAAACUUCAAGGCAUUCCUCCAUCUGCAUUUUAUAGUGAACCUCAUAAACCAUUGGCAGAAAAUUAUGUUAGGUAUUGCUUUAUCAAGAAAGAUGAAAAUCUACAGAAGGCUGAAGAAAUCUUACAAAAGUGGAAGGCAUCCAGCUGAGAAGUGAACUUAUUUUUCUUGCCUUGUUUAUGGAGAUGUGGUGAUAAUGGUGCUAAAUCUAGAAGAUGUGCAGCUGAUAUUUUGCUUGUAAAAUACUUGAUGUCCUGAUGAGGAGAGGCAUACUGAGAGUUUGUGAAAUAUUAUUUUGGGCCCAGGCAACCCAAGAUAUUUGUGUCACCCCUUUCUCUAUCAAUUUUUAUAAUAUUAAAUAAUUUUUAUAAUUUUUCAAGAUAAAUAUUCUACAUAGUAUCAAAAGUAAUUUAUUUCAAGUGAUAUCCUUAUUUCUAUUCAAUUAAACAGUAAAUGUCUGUCUGUUGUUCACUCAACUUUCGAAAGUGUGUUUUUGCAUUUUAAAGUGCUAUGAUCUAGUGGUGGCUAUGAGAACCACUUCAGUUGUUGCUGCAUGCAGUUGCAAUGACAAAUAUGUCACCAGUGAGGCCCCAUGUUUUUGUGAUCUCAUAAUAAGAUGUGAUGUCACAACUGUGCAAAAAGAAAGGCUGUGCAAAUUUACAGACAUUUCCCAGGAAUUCCCUUACUAUGAUUCGUUGUAUUGUGAUCAUACUGUUUAGUGCCACUAAGUGCUAAUAUGUCAUAAACUGUGCCUUAAAAAGAUGAUUUUAGCAAAGAUUUCUUGAAGUAGAAAAGGUUGAUUAUAAUGAUAGUAUUCAAAAUAAAUUAUUUUUAUGAAGUCUUUACUGC